UCCACCUAAUUUCAACUUGAUCGCUAUGAAUCCUCAAUAAAUUCCACUCCUUCCCUCACUCUCCCACACCAAGGACCACUCUUCCAUUCACAUUCUAUACACUAAUUCACAAAACACAGAAGAUGGUAAUGAUGAAGAACCACCCUCUCUUCUCUCUCUCACUUCUAAUGCUUUUUGUUCUUUUCUAUUCCACCACCACUUCAGCUCAAUCCCCAGCACCAUCACCCUCCUCAGCCCCCACAGACAUCAUCAGAAUCCUCAAAAAAGCAGGAGGAUUCACCACCCUAAUCCGUCUCCUCACCACAACACAAGUCUCAACCCAAAUCAACGCCCAACUCCUCAACUCAAACAACGGGUUAACAGUGUUUGCACCAAACGACAACGCCUUCCAAAGCCUCAAAUCCGGUUUCCUCAACUCCCUCAAUGACCAACAAAAAAACGAGCUCAUCCAAUUCCACGUGCUUCCCACGUUUGUUUCCAUUUCAAACUUCGACACUCUUAGCAACCCCGUGAGAACACAAGCUGGUGAUGACCCUGAUAGGUUGGCACUGAACAUAACAAGUUCGGGAAACCAAGUGAACAUGACAACGGGUGUUGUUAACGCCACUGUUGGUGGCAGUGUUUACUCUGAUCACCAGCUUGCGAUUUAUCAAGUGGAUAAGGUUCUUCUUCCAAGGGAUUUCUUUGUUCCUAAGCCUCCACCACCUGCUCCUGCUCCUGCAAAGGCUAAGGCUUCUUCUGCCAAGAAAUCUUCCGACGGUCCUGCUUCUGCUGCGGAUAAUGACUCUUCUGCUAUCAGUUUGAACCUGAAGAAUGCGAUGUGGGUGUCAGUGUCACUUGCAGUGGCUAUUGGGACAGUGUUUUCGUUGGGACAGUGACGGCUUCAACGACUUAUUACGAACUUGAUCAGUGCAUGAAGUAUGUAUGAUACGUACUUGGGGUCCAAUGUUGUGUUGCUUUGUUAAUUUCUACCUGGUUUGUUGGGAUUGGUUGGAUCAAAGGGGGAUCGUGAACUUUUUGUAGCGCUUUUCAAUGAUUUUUUUUUCUCUCUCUUUCUUUUCAUUAAUUAAUUCGGUCUGUGGUGAAACUGUAUGUGAUGUGUAUUCGAUUUUGAAGGAUUCUCUCUUUCUUUACUCGU